AUGAAUUCUAUUGCUCUCAAAACCUUCGUCGGACUCCGGCAAACCUCGCCGGAGGCACCGCAUUUCGCUGCCCAGCCAAGGCUCCUCACUCCCCACCGCAAAUUCAGGGUCGUGGCCGGGAAAUUCAGCCCCAAGCUGCAGGGGCGGAACCUGCGAGUCGCGGUGGUGGGCGGCGGUCCUGCCGGAGGCUCGGCGGCGGAGACGCUGGCGCAGGGAGGCGUGGAGACUUUCCUCAUCGAGCGGAAGCUGGACAACUGCAAGCCGUGUGGGGGAGCGAUUCCGCUGUGCAUGGUGGGGGAGUUCGACCUGCCUCUGGAUAUCAUUGACCGGCGUGUGACGAAGAUGAAGAUGAUAUCGCCGUCGAACGUGGCGGUGGAUAUCGGGAAAACGCUGAAGCCGCACGAGUACAUCGGCAUGGUUCGGCGCGAGGUGCUGGACGCUUACCUGAGAGAGCGGGCGAAGGAGAAUGGGGCCACCAUCAUCAACGGGUUGUUCUUGAAAAUGGAUAUUCCGAAGGAUAACAACACUCCUUAUGUUCUCCAUUAUUCUUCCUACGAUAGCAAAAGCGGUGCGGCUGGUGAAAAGCGUACCUUGGAAGUUGACGCUGUCAUUGGUGCUGAUGGCGCUAAUUCUAGAGUCGCCAAGUCUAUUGAUGCUGGUGAAUACGAGUAUGCCAUCGCAUUUCAGGAGAGGGUGAAAAUUCCGGAUGAUAAGAUGGUGUAUUACGAGAACCUUGCGGAGAUGUACGUGGGAGAUGAUGUUUCUCCGGAUUUCUACGGGUGGGUAUUUCCAAAAUGUGACCAUGUGGCUGUUGGCACAGGUACUGUGACACACAAGGGUGACAUCAAGAAGUUCCAACAAGCAACAAGGAAAAGAGCAGAAGACAAAAUUUUGGGAGGCAAGAUCAUCAGAGUGGAGGCUCACCCUAUUCCGGAACAUCCGCGGCCACGAAGGUUGUUGGGGAGAGUGGCCCUGGUGGGUGAUGCUGCUGGCUAUGUCACCAAAUGCUCCGGAGAGGGAAUCUAUUUUGCAGCCAAGAGUGGGAGGAUGUGUGCAGAGGCAAUUGUUGAAGGUUCAGAGAAUGGGAAGAGGAUGGUGGAAGAAGGGGACUUGAGGAAGUACUUGGAGAAGUGGGAUAAGGCUUAUUGGCCCACAUACAAGGUGUUGGAUGUGCUUCAGAAGGUGUUUUAUAGGUCCAAUCCUGCGAGGGAAGCGUUUGUGGAGAUGUGUGCUGAUGAGUAUGUGCAGAAGAUGACCUUUGAUAGUUAUUUGUACAAGACAGUGGUGCCUGGCAAUCCACUGGAGGAUCUGAAAUUGGCCAUUAACACCAUUGGGAGCUUAGUGAGGGCCAAUGCGAUUAGGAAGGAGAUGAAAAAACUUAACGUAUGA